AUGAGUGCAGAACUGGUUGCAACAGCACAGAGGCAUUUGGCAGGAAUUUCGCUGGAGGUGGUGUCACAGGGUGCGGAAGCCAUAGUGUUCACCACUGAGACGCAUCCAUAUCUGAAAACGAAACCGGCUUUGGUUGACAACAAGACGAAAUUCAUUGUUAAAUACAGGCCACCCAAGCCUUAUCGUCAUCCGCGUUUGGAUUCACAAAUAACACGAUCCAGAACGGCGUCAGAGGCCAAAUUGUUGCAAAAACUGUUGCUGCUUGGAGUGGAUGCUCCGAGGCUGUUGGCGAUGGAUGGCACGAAUGGGAUCAUCUGGAUGGACUUUGUUGGUUUCACACUCGAAGAUGGAACUGUAAGCUCUCUGAAGAACUGGUUGUGGCUGAUGGAGAGAAGACAGGAGGCUGUACCGGAAGACCACGCCAAAUCUAUCGCUCUUGGUGCGGUCGCUGAGGAUAUCAUGAAGCGCGUUGGUGCAAUGGUGGCCCAAUUGCACCUAGAGGGAAUCGUUCAUGGUGAUCUUACAAGCUCUAAUAUAAUGCUCAAAGCUUCAAAAACCAACGAAGUGGAAAGACCCACGCUGAUUGAUUUUGGUUUGAGUUCCUACUCGGGUCUCGCUGAAGACAGGGCCGUUGAUUUGUACGUCUUGGAGAGAGCAUUGACAAGCACACACUCCGUGUAUGCCAAAGAGUAUAAUGGCUUUUUAGUGGCGGGUUACGAAGCCGCCCAUAAGCUUAAAGGCAAACUAGGCGCCAAGGCGUGUACAGAGACAUUGAGAAGAUUAGAAGAUGUCAGGUUGCGUGGCCGUAAGAGGAGCAUGCUGGGGUAG